AUGUAUGAAGAGGAUUUCAUCUCAAGGGGAUCCCGGGGGUUCCCUCUGGGUCACGGGAUGCUCCCAACUCCCCAGGCUUACUCGUUCGGGUUCCCGGUACAUCCGGCGCACGAUCCGAUGGGCCUUACGUCAUUCGGCCAGACCCAACAGUUCGGUAGUUACCCCGGUUUCCACACACAUGGGGAUCACAAGAGGAUGCUCGGGGGCCCGGGCCAGGGGGACGGGAUCGAUAAGAACUUGAAGAUCUCCCUCGAGAACAGAGACCUGUGGACAAAGUUUAGCUCCCUCGGCACGGAAAUGAUUAUCACCAAAACUGGCCGACGCAUGUUCCCGACGCUCAAGGUGAGUCUGGAAGGAUUGGACCCACACUCCAAGUACAUCCUGCUCGUGGACAUCGUGCCGCUGGAUGACUGCCGCUACAAGUACCACAACUCAGAGUGGGUCGUCACCGGAAAGGCCGAGCCGCACAUGCCCGGCCGCCUCUACAUCCACCCGGAUAGUCCCGCGUCCGGCUCCCACUGGCUCAAGCAGCCUGUGACCUUCCACAAGCUCAAGCUGACCAAUAACAACCUGGACCAGAACGGACAUAUUAUUCUCAACUCCAUGCACAAGUACCAGCCCCGUGUCCACAUCGUUCAAGCAAACGACAUUUUCAGCAUGCGUUGGACGUCUUUCAACACGUAUGCGUUUGAAGAAACAACGUUCAUCGCCGUCACCGCCUAUCAGAACGAGCAGAUCACCCAGUUAAAGAUUGACCACAAUCCGUUCGCCAAGGGAUUCAGAGACAACGGGAUGGGGCGUAGGUGCGUGUUGGAUCACAGACUGACGCUUAAACGACCUUCAGAUGAUAACAUCAUCGACUUUGAUAAAGAAGAAGGUUUCAAAAAGAAGCAGAAGUCAGAGGAUGAUGCGAUCGAGCUUAAAUCCCAAAGCGAUGAUUACAAAGACGAAUCGUUGAAACUUGACCGCUCUUCGGACAUCAAUAGCGACCUUAACGAUUCGGACAUUGGCCAGUGUCACAGUUUGAACAAAUCCAGCUCUUCAACGAGCACACAUCUAGCCACAAAAAGCCCGCCGCUGCAACCUUCCGGCCCCAAUUGCACCUUCAACUCGCUCUCCAACUCGGGUCUCGGUAAGCCAUACGGUUCCUCAUGUAUGAGCGGUGGCUUGUCGGCGAUCUCACCCGACCAGACUUCCGGCGGCUACUUCACCCAUCAUUCCCCAGUGGACCGAUCGAGUUCCUCGUCGUUUCUGCCCGUGACGACGUCCCCGAGCCUCCUCCAGCACCAGGCGGCCGUUUCCUCUAGUCUCAGCCUCCAUUCGCUCUCGUCCAUGAAUCCCAUGCAGCAGUGUCGCCUCCCGAUAUCCAGCCUCACAAACGGAGACUGCGCCAUGCGGCAGCCGGUGCGACACAACGCCACUUCGGCCUACGGACUGAGGGCGUCUCCCCCCGCGCAGCACUCUAGCCUCCCGUCAUGCACAUACAUGCAGACGACACAAGGGGCGGACUAUUCAGCGCAUUUAACCCCAAAUCUCCAUAUGAUGAAUAUGAACUUUUCUGGGCCAAUGGUGUAACACAAGGAUAGGUUUUGCUCCAUUACGUUUCCACUGUUCAUUGAAAUGUUUGUUGGAAAACUCCGCAUUUCUAUUCUAGUUCACAACAUGUGCUUAAAGGACCGCCUCAGUUAUUCUCUAAUAAGAUAAACGCACAUGCUCGGCGCAUGCGCAUUAACCACAAGAGCUCGUGCUCCGCGAGAGAGCACGUGGCACAAGCACGUGUUGACACGUGAUAACUACCGCAUUCCUUCACUCUGAAGUGGAACAUGGACGGCAUUAAAAACUUGUUCAUUUUGUUUAAGUGCUGUUUAUAGUAAUAGUGACACUUAUUUUAUUCCAUGAAUUGCAUUGUUGAAUUUUGUAAAUAUGUAUAUUUUGUGCAUAUUUUGUAAUUGUAUUUCUGUUUUGCGUUCCAAAUACUUACAUUAUGUGGACGAUUACUUACAUUUAUUUUACAAAUAGUUAUACUCGUAUUCUUGAAAAAUGAUUCAUUCACAGAAAAUUGAUCGUUUAGAACGAUGCCACCAUUGUAAAACGUUGAACGUGAAUGUGAAUUGGAUAUAUUGUUUUAUUAGAGGAAUUGUAUAUAUACAUUGAAUAUUCUUUGA